AUGGAGACUCAACGUCAUCCAAACAUCGCCAUCUCUCCAGAGACUGGUUCUACACCGAAGCAUGGGAAGCUGUCUCGAUCUCGGCCUCUCUCUGUAGAGGAGCGGAUCGCUAUAAUAUUCAAAUGUGUACCAAAGGAGCUCCGGCCUCGAUUCAGUCUGUCAGACCACUUCUAUUCGAUGGAAGAGGUGGCCAGUGCCCCGCCUUUGCUAAGUCUCCCUCGGGCUCUUAUCCCCAAACGUGGGAGGGAGACUCCACCAUAUCUACACUAUGGCCUUCCUAUCUCUCUCGAAAAAAUGACAUCACUAGCCAGGUCGCGCGAGCCAACUGUAGAGAUCAUUAUCAAGCUCGGAUUCGUCAGUCUCACAGUCCGACAACUGGCAGCGAAGUGUUUGUCCGAGGAAAUCGGCUGGCCAGUUUAUCUGGAGCGCGUGCUGAACGCACCCAACACACCCUUCGCUGUGUGUCUGAUUGAAAAUCAUACUGUGGAGGAACGCCAGAAGACCAACGAGUUCCCCACUAGAGACCAUAUUCGCCGGAUGCAAAAAGCCCUUGAAGUGGGUCCCGAGGCUCGACCGCUCUGGUACAUCGCCGCAGGAUUUUAUACGUGGCAGUACCAUCAUUGA